AUGGAAGGAAGGGUGCCUCUCACGGAUCAGGACAGCAGACCAAUCGUUCAGCGAAUCAACUACCGCAACAUCUCAUUGGCCAAUUCCGAUAUGAGUUCAUCUGGGACAACGUCACCGACCACUAGCCUUCCACUGUCGAUGACCUUCGAGGGGUCGAUCGAGAAUGCGCGGAACAACAUUCACAAGCGCCACAGCUCCUCCACAUCCAUAAAGACAUCGAAGACGGUUGCGACGUCGUCGAUGAAGACGGUGGAGGUGCGUUCGACGUCCGCCAGCACCACAAAAAGCAGCUUCACCGGAAGCAGCAAGAUCAUCGACGCAUCCUCGAGAGUGGUUGAAAAUAUCACGGAGAUGCAGAACCUCUUCCGGCAGACCAACGUGUCGGAGUCGAUGCUGGAGAAAAUGGAAGGUCAUUGCCAAAGCUUGGAAACGCUCUUGCCAACUGGGGGAAGUCGUAUGGGUGAACCACUUUUUUCAUCGCGUUUAAAAGACUCACUAACCGGAUCAGCGAACGGUGAAAUCGGCAGACGUUUCAAUCAGGUCAAAAAACGCACUAACCUUGCAUACCUGCGACUCCUUAGACAGUUGGUUAACGAUGUGGGUUUGGACGGAGCCCUCAGCAGUUCGCCAGGUCUUCCGAUCCUGGAAGCCUUCUGCUCCUGUCCCAUUUCCACGACACCGGUUGGAAUCGAGGAGGAUUCCGAGGCGUCGAACGUCGUGCAGCCAUCCAGACGGUCCAAUGGAGGCGACAGAAUGCGCCACGCUGUGUGCAUGCUUAUGAACCGAGGCAAAGACGCCGCCAAGGACAAGGAGGUCAAUCGAGAAUUCGUCGCGCUCAUUGAAAAGAUGACAAAUUACAAUGAGCACACGUGUCAGGACGUCAUAGAACAGGGGGGAUUAGAUUACGUGUUUCACGCCUGUCGGUCGGAGGACGUUGCGGCUGUCAAACACGCUGUCAUCUCAUUGGCUAAUCUGUUGCACCGGGUGGGCAAGGAGUACCAACACGAGAUGGUUCGACGCAACACCGUUGCCUGGCUCUUCUUGCUUGCGCUGCAUCCCAACGAAGAGAUCCAGUACUACACCUUCCUCAUUGUCACCAUUCUCUCCAACAAUCGUGACCUUGACGCAGUUCUGGAACGCUCGCAGCUGAUUGGUCUGGUGAUUCCGUUCGUGAAGAAGCACAAUGCAGUUGAGUUUGCAAGUCGAAAUUUCACCGAUCAAACGCCAAUAUUCAGUGAGGACUGGCUCCUCUUUAUUUUGCCCGCGCUUACAUCGGAUUCGCAUGUUGAGGCGCAGGCCUUCGCUGCGUUUCACUUUGCAAUCGCUGCCAUUCUCACACCCAGUACUCUGCAAGAGCUCGCUCCAGCUAACAGAGCAAGCAUUGAAUCUGCUUUGGUGAAGGUGUCAGGUCUGAAGCGCGAACCCGCAUGGAAAUUGGCUGCCCUGGUUUUGGACAAAAUGGGCUCCACUGUGCCCAAAGCCCUCUCGUUGCGGGUAUUUCAUUGGCCCGUGGAAGAUGUUGUCUGCUGGAUGAUUCGAGAGGGGUUCGAGAGCAUAGCUGACAAGACCACAUCGCUAAAAAUCGAUGGCGAACUGCUGUUGGGAUUGACGGAGAGCGAGAUAGAACAUGGGCUUGGCAUUACGAACUGCAUUGCCAGACGCAGAUUCAUGCGACAAUUGAGUCGAUUGAAGUCUAUGGCCAAUUACUCCCAAAUCGACCCAACCGGUGUGGCGGAAUUCCUCGCCACGGCUUCUCAGGACUCGAACGAGACGUCGAACGCCUCUCUGCAGACACCGAACAUGCCGGCGGCAUUGAUGGGUUCAGAGGAAGGCGUGUCAGCAUCGAGUUCCGCUAUCGCCUCAGUCAUUCCAGCCGCUGUGCUCACUCAAUACACCUACAACUUGCUUCGCCACGGCGUCACAAGGCAGUGCCUGGUGGAUCUUACCGAGGCGGACCUGGAGCACACCUGCCACAUCACGGACGCCAUUCACCGUCGUCAGCUGCUGAAGGCGGUGCAGCAGGCUACGCGCGUCAAGAGCACGGUGCGCGAGGCGUCGGAGAACCGUAUCGAUUUUUUCAUCUCCUACCGACGCUCCAACGGCACCCACUUGGCCAGUCUCAUAAAGACGCUGCUCCAGCUGCGCAAGUAUCACGUCUUUUUGGACAUUGAACGCCUCAAGGGUGGACGUUUUGAUCAGAAGUUGAUGGAUUCCAUCAAGCGAUCGGACAACUUCAUUCUCAUCCUCACUGAGGGCGCUCUUGACCGUUGCAGCACAGAUGGCAGCAUCGAUUGGGUCCGAAAAGAGAUUAACUGUGCCCUUGAGAACAACUGCCACAUCAUCCCGCUGUCGGAUCGGUUCGACUGGGGCAACACAGACGCCUUGCCCGAGGACAUCCGCACCAUCACAAAGUUCAACUCGGUUCAGUGGACGCCGGAGUUGGAAGAGGGCUGUGUGGACCGGAUAAUCGAAUUUAUGAAGCAAAAUGUCUCCCCCACAGCCUACGACACUAAAAACAGUUAA